AUGGCUCGUCGCAGCGCGUUCGGCCGUGCGGUGCUGCUCGUGGGAGCUCUGGCUCUGGUGAGGACGCUCUUUGGAUCCACCGCCUUCACGGGCAUGACUGGCAAGAACCUCUCUUCAGGACCCCAGUGCCAGAUCGUGGUGGCUAGGAAGGUGAGCGAGGGUGACUCGCUCCCAUCCGUGGACGUGGAUGUUAGCAAGCCCGGUGACACGGUGAACGUUGCCGAGCUCUUCAAAGGCAAGAAGGGCGUGCUCUUCGCCGUCCCAGGUGCCUUCACGCCAACUUGCUCCGAGAAGCACCUGCCAGGCUACAUUGAGCAGUCAGAAGAACUGAAGGCCGCAGGAGCCGAGGUCAUUGCCUGCGUGGCCGUCAACGACCCCUUUGUUAUGAGCUCCUGGGGAAAGCAGCAGGAGGCCGAGGGCAAGGUCACGAUGCUUGCUGACACCAAGUGCGAGCUGACGAAGGCCCUGGACAUGGAGCUGGACGCCACCGCCAAGCUCGGCAAUGUUAGGUCGCAGCGAUAUGCCAUGAUUGUGGACGAUGGCAAGAUCACCAAGCUGGCCACGGGCGACGACUCGUUCGCGCCUGACAUCUUGGAAGCCCUCAAGCGCUGA